UUUCUUCAGUAAAUUUUCACGUGAUAAAAAGGUGAAUCAAUGGUCGACAUGUUUGUCCUGUUUCUCUCCUCUCUUCUUCUUGCUUCUGCCCCAGUGCUGGCAGAUCCAGUCCCACUGGUAAUGUGGCACGGUAUGGGCGACACUUGCUGCUUUCCCUUCAGUAUGGGCGCCCUCAUGAAGCUGGUAGAGAAGCAGGUCCCUGGAAUAUACGUGCAAUCCAUUGAGAUAGGAAACAGCAUAUCCGAUGAUGAGCUGAACGGGUUUUUCAUGGGAGCUGAGAAGCAGAUUGAUAUAGUUUGCAAGAAUCUUUCGGCUAAUCCUAAACUCCAGCAGGGCUUUAAUGUAAUUGGGUUUUCCCAAGGGGGCCAAUUUCUAAGGGGUCUUGUACAGCAGUGCCCCAACGUCACCGUCCGAAAUCUCAUUUCGGUCGGGGGCCAGCACCAGGGGGUGUACGGUUUCCCAAGGUGCAUAGGUACUAACGUAACGCUUUGCAAUGAAAUGAGACGCCUCCUCAAUAUCGGAGCUUAUAACAAGUUAGUACAAGACAUUUUAGUGCAGGCCCAAUAUUGGCACGACCCCCUGAACGAGGAUGAGUAUAAGAAGAAAUGCGUCUUCCUUCCCGACCUCAAUCAAGAGAAUACCUACAACCCAAACUACAAGUUACGACUCCUCACUUUGAAAAACCUUAUACUGGUAAAGUUUCUUGAGGAUGAAAUGGUGCAGCCGAGAGAGAGCGAAUGGUUUGGGUUUUAUAAGCCGGGACAAGCAGUCGAGACUUAUACUUUAUUUGACAGUGACCUUUACAAGAAUGACCUCUUAGGAUUGAAGACUCUCAAUGAUACCGGUCGGCUUCAUUUCCUUGGAGCUCCUUUUGAUCAUUUGAAGUUCACUGAGCAAUGGUUCAUUGAUAAUCUUAUACCAUUCAUUAAUGUCCAAUUUGAUGAAGAUGAGAAGAAAAGGGACUAAGCCAUGUUAAAAAUGAUUUUUUGACUAUUAUUAUUAUUCUCCUUCCUAUACUUGUUGUUCCCCAUGUUACUUGUUGCAUAUACAUGAAGUGUUGAUUGUUUACUUUUAUUUGUUUAAACUGUUUUCAGUCAAUUCAUAUGCUGUUACUGACAUGUAAA